AUGACUUCCCAAAGAGUUUGGCUUCUCUGCCUGCUGCUAACUUUUGUGUGUUCCUUGCACGUCAACGUCAUCACUGGCUUCACUGGAGCUGCUGCAGUAGAUGAUGAUGACAGCAAUGAGGAAGGUCCCAAAGAUUCGAAAGAUGUAGGAGCAGGGAAAGAUGAUGACGAUGACGACGAUGAUGAUCAAGACAACAAUGAUGAUGAUAAGGACGAUGAUGAUGAUGAGGAUAAAGACGAUGAUGAGGAUGAUGAUGAUGAUGAGGAUGAUGAUAAGGAUGAUAAUGAUGAUGAGGAUGACGAUGAUAAGGACGACGAUGAUGAUGAUGAUAAGGAUGAUGACGACGACGAUGAUGAUGAUGACGACGACGAUGAUGAUGAUGACAAUGAUGAUGAUGAUGACAAGGACAAGGAUGAUGAUGAUGAUGAUGAUGGUGAUGAUGACGACGACAAGGACAAGGAUGACGAUGACGAUGAUGAUGAUGAUGACAAGGACAAAGAUGAUGAUGACGACAAUGAUGAUGACGACGAUGAUGAUGAUGACGAUGACGACAACGAUGAUGAUCAAAUAGUUAGAAAGGAUGAUGAUGACGAAGAUGACAAUGAUGAUGACAAUGACAAGGAUGAUGAUGAUGAUGAUGAUGAUGAUGAUGAUGAUGAUGAUGACGACGAUGACCAUCAUAAGGAGCAUAAACAUGAUGAUGACAACGGUAACGAUGAUGACGAUGAUGAUGAUGAUGAUGAUGAUGAUGAUGAUGAUGAUGACGACAAGAAGGAAGAUGAGGAAGGCGAGGAAGGUGAAGAAGAUGAAGAGGAAUACAAGGAUGGCAGUAUCUGCAGUUACUGCGCUUUCUGUGAGCAUUGUGGAGAAUGUGAUAAGUGCCCCUGUGAAGAAGGAGACAAGAGUGAGCACUGUGAAGACUGCAAGUACUGUCAGUUCUGCUACGUCUGCCCUGUAAUAUGUGAAACUGUUUGCAAACCAGGGAGCUACCUAGAUGAAUUCUCAUCAACAAUAUAUCAAUCCAUCGCAAACGUCUUCGAUCAACCGGAGCAUUAGAUGUGAUGACGUGUGGUCGGGGUGUCGGAGAGCUGGUCCCCAACACCCGGAGACGGAAGGCACCUCACUAACAACCGCGUGUUUGAAGCUUUGUAUCUGUUGUUCCUAUUUUAUAAACUCCUGUGUCCUCUGCCCUUAGGAAUUGAUGCAAUUCAGCCUCACUGCUUCCCAGGAUUCUUUGUGAGGUCAAGGCUUGGUUCCCUGAACACCUCUUUGUCUCUGGCCUUCUCUGCCCUCUUCACUGACUGCUCUCCCUUCCUACCUUCUCCCUCCUACUUCUCUCUGAUUGGUUGGAUUGAGAGGCCCAAGGUGUAGCACAUUGGUUGGCUCCCCUCUGCAGGUCCAGGGCACGACCCUGCAACCAAUUGCUGUUUAUCAGGCCCUUCCUCCAGACCCCGUCUGUCCUGUCAAGGCCUUGGGGAGGGCAAGCUGGUGUGUGACUCACUGUAGAAUGUGAUCCUGGGCAAGGCCUGGCUGACCCAUCUCCGUUCUCCCUCACCACUGGAUCUGUAGCCCUUCCUGGGAUGUGAAUCCAGGUCGGUUUGAAUUAUUGAUGACUUGUCUUGGAAUGUACAGGAAUGGUGAAGUGAGAACCAUUCCGAGAGCCAGACUCUCUUUCAUCUCCACCUGUUCCACAGCUAGCUGGGCCUCUUGUGAGGCAACCUUACCUCACAAGAGGUCAAUAAUCUCCUUGCAAACCAAACCUCCUGUCAGUAUGCACCUUUUGCCUCAAAUUAAUUAAUAAUCUGUUAAAAAAGAGGAUGAAAGGUCAAUGCUGAGGAAUGGCCUGGCCUUUAGGAAUUUGCCUCCCCGCCCCACCUGGCAUUCUCCACAACAAUCCUAUCUUCCCCUCCUAACCCUUACCUUUAUCCUCUUUUUGGUUCUCCUGCUUUACAGGGAAUGGGCCCCUAAAGAUGAAGCUAUCUGGCCAAGUGCACCCUCCCUUGCCCCACAGUGCUGAUUGCUUGUUCCUGUCCUCACUCUGGUAUUUAUUUAAAAGAUGCUCUUGCCCCCGUUCUGUGAGGGUGCACGUCCUGUGUCUGUGGGGUGUGUGGGGGAGGGAGUUCUGUUCCCCUCCUGAUUAAAGUGGGGUCUUGCUCCCUUCUCGUCAUCCUCUCGUCUUUAGUGAUUUCUUUCACCACUUCUGGAAAAAAAAGGCUUGGAACCUUUCAUAAUUUCCAGUCAACCAUGCUUUCCAACAUGGAGAAAAUAUAGGGGUGGUCAUAGCAUGAAACAGGCCAUUUGGCCCAACUGGUUCAUGCUGGUCAAUACCUCAGAUACCCAUCUCAGCCUGUGAACAAGGCUACAUUGGAUUCACAGUACUAUUUAGAAUCUAAAUCUUUCCUAUCCAUCUACCUGUCCAAAUGACCUUUAAAUGUGAUUAUUGAAGCUGCCUCAACCACUUCCUCUGGCAGCUUGUUGGUAUAUGUACGACUCUGUGAAGAAGUUUCUCCUCAGAUCCUUUUAAUCUUUCUCCUAUACCAGUACAGACAGACAGACAGGCAGACAUACUUUAUUGAUCCCGAGGGAAACUGGGUUUCGUUACAGCCACACCAACCAAGAAUAGUGAAGAAAUAUAGCAAUAUAAAAGCAUAAGUAAUUAAAUAAUAAUAAGUUAAUCAUGCCAAGUGGAAAUAAGUCCAGGACCAGCCUAUUGGCUCAGGGUGUCUGACACUCCGAGGGAGGAGUUAUAAAAUUUGAUGGCCACAGGCAGGAAUGACUUCCUAUGACGCUCAGUGUUGCAUCUCGGUGGAAUGAGUCUCUGGCUGAAUGUACUCCUGUGCCUAACCAGUACAUUAUGGAGUGGAUGGGAGUCAUUGUCCAAGAUGGCUUGCAACUUGGACAGCAUCCUCUUUUCAGACACCACUGUCAGAGAGUCCAGUUCCACCCCCACAACAUCACUUGCCUUACGAAUGAGUUUGUUGAUUCUGUUGGUGUCUGCUACCCUCAGCCUGCUGCCCCAGCACACAACAGCAAACAUGAUAGCACUGGCCACCACAGCCUCGUAGAACAGCCUUGUAGGAAAGAGGUAAGCCAUUCUACACAGAAAGAUCCCACUAGGCACGAUUAA